AUGAUCACGUCUUUCCUUCUCCGCUGUCACGACACCAUCUGGUCCUUUCUGCAUGUCACCAUCCUCAACAUCCCACCCUCUCGCCUGCCCAUCUUCCCCUCCCUAGCAGGCUCAGUCUGGUUCCUGACCCUUGCCAGCCUACUGCUAACAUGGCUGGCUCGAGGCAUGCCUCAGUACCCAGGCCAAAGCAAUCCACACGUCGCCUUCAUCUCCGACAUCGCCUCCUUCGAACUCAAGCCUCUUUUCCUGAUCGGGGCCUCCAUGACCGCCGUCGGGUUCUGGUUCACCGUAGCUGCUGUCCAUGUCAUGCGCUACGAGCCUGGCUUCGCAUUGAUCCGCUGCCCGGACCACUUCUCCUCUAGAGGUAGUCCGCAGCACGCACCAUCUCCGGAUGGGGAUCGACUACCGGCCUCAGUGACUCCAUACAAUGGCCCUAUUCAUGACAACAACAAUGAUAAUCCAGAUGAAACCGAGGACGACGACGUCAAAGACGACGAGUCACCCACGACCAUCGCCACUCUCAAACUCAUCUCCCUCGUCGCCAUCUUUUCCGCCGGCAUGGCCAGCACCGCCCUCAUCUUCCUGGCCGUCAUGGAUACCUUCCGGUACCACUUCGCGCACGCGGUCCUCCUCCGCGUCUGCUUCGGGGGCUUGGCCCUGCAGUCCUUCGGCACGGCGAUCGUGUACUCGAACGAGGUGCUGGGGUUUGUGGCGUUCUUGACGCAUGGCGGCGUGUGGCAGCCCAGAUGGGGGGAGAGGCGCAAGGUCAGGGUACGCGUCUUUGCCUCCCUCUCCACCGCGUUGAUUCUGGUGGAGCUCUUCCUCGGCAUCGCUUUUAUCUCACUCACCGUCCCCGAGAAUGUAAGCGAUUACCGGGCCGCCGGGAUCCUGGAGUGGGUGAUUGCGUUCCUGGGCACGGUGUAUUUGUGGCUGUUUGUGGGGUUCUUUGAUCGAGACAGCUUCGAGGGCUUGGUCCCGAGUGUGCUGUAUGCGGCGGCCUCGAAGGGACGACGGCUCCCUGCCUCUCCCUCCACGCCGCCGGGGGAUCGCCGCGCACCCAAUGACUCGGAUGCCGAGCAGGCCCCGUUGCUGUCGCGGAGGUCUACCACGAGCCGAUGUAUGUGA